UCGCCAUCGACAUCAUUGAGGUUAAAGAGCGCGGAAAAUCGGGCGCUUGUAUCCGAAAUACGCAUCCGGGCGCUUCUAUGCUUGUGUAUCGUGUCGCACGAAAUCCGGCUGUGCGCGGCUUUUCUUGGCACUCAUUGAGUGGCGUUCCCAAUGGAAGCCCUCGCCAGGAAUCUUUACCAGUUUUUUCACGUUAUACUUGUCAAGGCACAUGACGAGCCUUUUUGGACUCGAAACUCGCUAGAGAGGAGCAUUCAGUGGGCCAAGUACUGUGAGAAGGUGCAUCACGAAGCCAUUUUAAAAGGCUACGCCAGUUACGUGGCGAUGUUGCUGAAGGACAUGAGUAGGCUGACACCCAAACGGAGAGUCGUGACUUUCGAUGAUCUGAAACUUUCAUCUCAAUUGCUAGUGGCGGAAAUUCUUCAGUGUCCUUUGUUGAGAAAGGGAACUGUUCAGACCAUGCUGGAGUCGGAGCUGGCACAAGAGCCCUGGUUAGAGGUGAUGUGCGAGGUCUUUGUGAUCAACUCAAUACUGAAGGACUUAGUUGAAGAAAAGGAGGAUAACCAGCCUGAAUGUGGUGGAGACUUUGAAAUGCUCAAGGAAAAGCUGUUGGGACUUUCUGACAAUGCACUGGAUAUGCAAUUAGACCUGUUGGCAAGAAAGUCACCUGAGACAUUGCUGAAACUUGCCAGCUGUGAGGAUGAUAGGUACCGCACACUGUCAUGCAGCACUGGCCUGUGGACUGCUCGAAGGCUUGCACUCGGGGACGACUCUGUGUCGGCGUACGUGUGGAGGCAGGAGAGCGGGCUGCUGUGUAAGGCAGCCUGCCGAAGUCCCAGUCUCAUGCAGUGCCUGUUACAGAGGCUACAGGAGCAUGCUGAAAGCAUGGAGCCAUGUUUCACUGCUGGUGCAGAUGAAUGGAUCCUGACGAGGAACAGCCCUAUGAUUGCCUGGGACUGGAAGCGUGUUGCUGAAGUCUGGACUGCACUGAAACAAACGGCAGAUGGUGCUUCAUCUUCAUCAGCGAUUACAGCUUUUCUCAAGCAAGCGCAAGGGGGAUCACGUGGGGACUUUUGGGAUGAUCUUCUUUUCUACUGUGAAUCUUCUCGUAACCACUGUCAUAAAACAAGAAAGCCUGUAGUCGCUAGCCCAACUGCCGAGAGUAAUUCCUUACUGCGCAACUGUUGCAUCUAAAGGUAGAAUUUUUAUGCAGGCGGCAUGGGCGUAGUUGUAAGCAAGUGCACGCUAUUCACCACAUUUAAAUUAAGGUACCAUAGUGACACAUAUAGGGCGCUUAUGUGACACGACUGUACCAAUUUCUUACAGAAAGAGCUAUGGCCGCUACAUUAACUCCAUCUUUCAAUCUACACUGAAAUGUUGUAGCAAACGCUUGAUUAUUUAGCACUGCAAUGUCAUGUCAGGUGACCUCAAUGCGACACAUCUGCGUACUGUUGAAAGGCAACUAUCCAUUGAUGUCACAAGAUUAGGGCAUUAUUGUGCCCUGUGUCGCAACUGUUUGCAACCUGCUGUGAUUGCUGUCGUGAUAAUUAACCAAGCUGGCAAGGUGCUCGACAAAACUCUAGUUCUGGAAAUGCAUCAAGGUCAAAAGUUUGUUUUGUAUUGGCAGUGUGGGUAGGUACCAAUGAGUACUGCUUCUGCUUCUCAUUUAUCACUUUUGAGAGAUGUCUGAACUUGCAGAGAUUGUUUUUUUAUUUUAUUGUUUUUAUAAUGUACAGCACGUAUACACUAGGCUUUGUAGAUCUUUGCUUGACCAACCUAGACCUGUAAAGAAGAUUUCAAAAUGAUGUUUUAUAUGAAGGUCACGAUUUUAGAGAAACCUUUUUCAUGAAUGCAUUUUUCUGUUAUGAUGUUGUGCAUUGUUUUGUCCAGUCUAUUUUAUGUAACGAUGUUAUUAAAUAAUUACAUAACCU